AUGUCAAAACGCGGUACACAAAGAACUCGUGGAAAUUUAAAACCAACAAGUAGCACAAAAGCUACUGCUACUCUUUUAACUCAUGGAAUAUCUCCAUUUGCAUUUUCUUCUGGUGAAUCACCUAUAUCAAAUGGAAUCGAUGAAAAUAAUAUUGAAAAUGAUAUAGAUUCAGAUUUACGUGUUAUAUUACGUAAAUUAACGAAAAAAGAUUCAACAACAAAAAUUCGAGCGUUUAAUGAAUUACGUGAUUAUUGUGAUGCUAAUGAAUCUGAUGAUAAAAUUCGAGUUAUUCUUCCAUUUUUUGUUUCACAUUAUCGUAAAUGGUCAACGGAUUCUGAUCAACGUGUUCGUGAUGAAUGUCAAUCAACAUUUGAUACAAUAGGUAUGCGUAUGAAAAAAAAUUUAUCACCACAUUUAAAAACAAUCUUACCAAUAUGGUUAAUGUCACAAUGUGAUUCAUAUGCACCAGCAGCAUCAAAAGCUAAAUUUCUUUAUUCGAAAUUAUUUAAUGGACAAAAUAAGCAAGCCGAAGCUGUUUAUUUUGCAAGAAAUGAAAUAAUGUCAACAUUAACUGAUGAAAUUAAUCAAUGUUCAGAUGUUCUUAAAGACAAAAAAGAAAAUGAAAUGGAAACCGACGAUGCACAUGAAAGACGUCUAACACAAGUUCUUCUAGCUCUUGCAUUAUUUCUUAAUUAUUUAGAAGCUAAUAAACGUUCAGACUUAACAAAUCAUUUUAAGAUUAUAUUUGAUUCUGGAAAAUUUUGGAAAUUAGAUAAAAUUAAAUCAAUACAAAUUCAAAGUUCAUUUUAUCGUUGUCUUUAUGAAUUAAUUAAUCUAAUACCUGAUGUUAUACGUGAAUAUAAACCUAAAAUUAUUCCACUUGUUUUCUAUGCUAUUAAUGAAACAGAACCAAAAUUAUGUCCAUUAAUAUGGGAUUGUUUAAUACUUUGUUUAGAUACAUUUGAUGAUUGUUGGUCAUUAGUUAAUUAUCAAAAAGCAUUUCUACCAAAAUUAUAUGCUUUUAUUAGACAUGCUUGUCAUGGUAAUGUAUUUGGUGUUAAAGAUUGUUUAUUACCUUUAAUUGAAAAAAUUCCAAAAAUAGUUAUUGAUGAUAAUGUUAAUUAUCAUUUUGUUGAGAAUUUUUUUCAAUCGAUGGAAGAAGGGAUUUUAUCGAUUAAAGGCAGACAACAAAUGAAUAAUGUUAGUUCAUUAUUAAAAGCUUAUAUGGAUUGUUUACUUUAUAUAUUAGAACAUCAUUCAACAGAUCAACUUGGUUUUCUUAACGAAAGAUUACUUCCAUUAAUACGUCGUUUACUCACUGAUAAAGAUUGUUCAAUUCGAACUGUUUAUGCUCGUCAAUAUGUUCAUUUCUUAAGUUCUAUUCAAUCAUUUCGUCUCUAUUGUGAUCAUUUAAAUAAUGUUCUUUCAUUAUUUCAUGAUUUAAUAAAUCCAUCAUCAUCAUUAUCAAUAAUAAAUGAAACAAAUGAUUUAAAAUAUAUAUUUGAACAAUCAGCAAUACUUUUUGAAACAAUACUUUCUCCACCAAAAUUAAAAAAUUUACGUUUUGCUGCAACAACAAGAAUAACAUCAUCAUCAACAGAUCUUUCAUCAAUUGAUUCAACAACAUUUCAAGUUGAAGAUGAUAAUGAAAUAGAUAAUAAUAAUCAAAAAGAAAUUUAUCUUAUUCAAUUUGCUACUAAUUUAUGUCAAUAUUGUUUUGAAUUUUGUACAAAAUAUUCAAAUCAUACAUCAUUUGAACAUGGUUUAAAUUUAUUUACACGUCUUUUAAAUCCUUCAACAUCAAAUAAUAUUGAAAUAAUUAAAAAAUUAACUAAUGAAAUCGAUAAUACAAAUACUAUACCGGAAAUAUUCUAUUUAAAUUAUGCAAAACCAUUAAUAAAAAUUGCUAUUGAACAACAUUGUUCACUUGAUUAUAUUGUUGAAUUAACUAUUCAAAUAUUAAAUACAUUUGAUUCAUCAGAUAUUGUUGUUGAACGUGUUCUAGCUGAUUUAAUGCAACUUGAAUCAUCACGUCGAUUUUAUUUCUUAUUGACUUCAAUUGUUUGUCGUUAUGAAUCUUCACCAUCAUUUCAUACAUGGCUUCAAACACAUGGUGUACUUGAACAAUUAUUAAAUAUGACAGCAAGUGUAACAAAAUCAAGUGAAAAUAAUGAUUUAAAUUUUCCUGUUUCAACUGAAGAAUUUCAAUUAUUAUCAUCAUUACUUUGUUCAUCAAAACCAACACAAUUUUUAACAUCUAUACAACAAGAACAAAUUGUUUAUUUAGCAUGUCGUUUAUUAGAACAACAAACACCAACAUUAAAUGAAUCUGAUACACAACAUGAUUUAAUACAAAGUAUUGAUCAUGUUGCUAAACAUUUAUUUCAAAAUAUAGAUAAAACAUAUGAAAAUCAAUCAACAAAAAAUUUAUUUCAACUUUAUUUACAUAAUGAUAUAAAUAAUUUAAUACGAAAAAAUUAUGAUUUAAGUCUUCAUCAACGUUCAAUAUGGUUAAUUGCACUUAAACAAUCACAUAUAAUACAAAAUGAUUUAUAUAAUCAAUUAAUUAAUUGUAUUCUUUCAUAUAUAACAACACAAUCUGAUAAUGAUUUAUUUAUUGAUAUGAUAAUAACAAUAUGUCAAGAUGAAAAUGUUUUAUCUAAAAAAUUCUAUCAUAUAUUAUAUCAACGUAUUUAUUUAGAUGAUAAUUAUUUAUAUGAAUCAUGGAUAUAUGGUAUAUAUCAUGGUUGGUUAUUACCUGAUCAAACAAUUAAUAUAAAAAUUCAAAAUAAAAAAUUUUUAGAAUAUGAACGUUUAAUUGAUGUACAAUUUAUAUGUUUAUUAAUAAUACGACAAUAUGAAUUAAAUUCAUUUUUAUGGUUAAAUAAUGAUUUAAUUAAAAAUUUAAUACUUAAUUAUUAUUUAUUUCAAUAUCGUUGUAUUGAUACAAAACAAUUAUAUAUAUUAUUUGAACGUUUAUUUCAUAUAUCAACAUUUAAUAUUGAAUUUAAUUUUAUUGAAAAAUCUUUAUUAUCAAAUGAUUUUUAUAAUGAUUUAAUUUAUUAUCAUAUUUAUUGUCAAAUAAAAGAUAAAUAUAUAAAUAUAAAUCAACGUGAUGAUUUAAUACAAUAUACAUUUAUAUUAAAUAAUAAUGAUGAAUUAAAUACACAUUUAAUAUUAGCAUCAUUUUUUCGUGAAUCACAAUCAAAAUUAAUUAUACCAUAUUUAAUUGAACAAUGUCAAGAUGAAAGACGUUCAGAAUUAACAUUAGCUGCAUUAAAUCAAUCAUUAAUACGUAUGAAUAAAUUAGGUUUAAUUUUAGAUGAAAAUUAUUUAAAUAAUAUAUUAAAUAUAUUAAUAAAAUUAAAUAUAUCAUCAAAAGAAAUUUUACAAUUAAUACAAUUAUGGAAUACAUUAUUAAAUCAUGGUACAUUUGUUUAUACAUUAAAACAAAAUCAUUGGGAUAAUAUUUUAUGUUUAAUAAGUAAUUUAUUUUUAAAUUUAACAAAUGUUAAACAACAAAUUAAUCAACAAUUUACAUUACGAACUGAAUUUUUAUUUAUUCAUGCUUCAAAUUUAUUAACAACUAUUGGAAAACUUUUAACAAAUAAUAAUAAUAAUAAUAAUAAUGAUAAACAGGAUGAAACAGAUACAUUUCAAAAACAAUUAUUAGAUGAAUGGUUAUUACUUUAUAGUAAAGAUAUUUAUCAAGGUUUAUUACCACUUUAUAUUGCAUUACCUAGUGCUCUUGCUGAAUUUUCAUCAUUCUAUGUAACAAAUGAAAUGGUAAAAUCUAUAUGUUGUGCAAUGUGUACUAUUCCAACUGAUUAUCUUCUGUCAAAUAAUCUCAAACCAUUAUUUCAUUCUGAUGACAAUCAAUCAACAUUAUCUGAAUCAAUUCAAACAGUAUUUAAUCAUUUAUAUCGUUUACUUUGUUUAGCACCAAAUCGUUCAUUACAAUAUUCUGCAUAUCAUUUAUUAAAUAAACUUCUACCACAUAUAUCACCAACACUUAUUCUAACAACAACAAAUCAUGAAACAAUAGCUGAAGAUGAUAAAAUAUGUCGUCUACCUGGUUCAAUACUUGAAGCAUUAGAACGUACUGAAAAUACCAUAAAACAAUUAUUAAAUGAAAAUGAUAUUGCUGAAGAACAUCUAUUAGAUGAUCAUGGACAUGAAGUUAUAUCUGAAAGAUCACCAUCAAUAGUUAUGACUGAUAAAGAACAUAUUAUUAUUGGUGAAUUAUUAAAUUAUAAAUUAUUACUUAAUUUAAUAAAUUGUUAUUCAUCAAUUGAACAACGUUAUACAUAUAAAUUAAUGUUACAAGAAAAAAAAUUAGUUGAUCGAUUUCUUUUAAUUGUACUUGGAUUAAUUCCUGCUAAUCCAGUUUAUAAUGAUCCUUUAUCUAUGCAAGUAUCAUCUAUUACAAAAAAAUUAACACAUUCAAAAUCAAUGUUUGAAAAUGAUAUUCAACUUACUCCCAAUGGUGAUCUGACAUCAACUUAUACAAUUCCACAUUUGGCGUGUUCUGUUUAUUUUCAAUGUUUAAGUUUAAUUCCAGGACUUGUUCGUGAAUGGUUUCAAAGUCAAACAAAACGUAUACGUGAUGCUGUUGAUCGUGUAACACAAAAAUAUGUUAGUCCCAUAUUAAUUCAACAAGAACUUGAUACAGCAUCAACAUUAAAAGAUAUAAAUGUUGGUGAAACAGGUUUAUUUACAGUUAAAAAACAUUCAAAUACACGUGAAAUAACAGCUAUUUAUAAUAUUGAAACAUCACGUGUUGAAAUAUGUAUACGUUUACCAAUGAAUUAUCCAUUAAGUAUAGCAUCUAUUGAAUGUACACAUCAUGUUGGUUUUACAAAAGAACAAUGGAAUAAAUGGAUGCUUCAAUUAAAAACAAAUUUAAUUCAAAGUAAUGGCAGUAUAGCUGAUGGUUUAUUAAAUUGGAAACAAAAUAUUGAUAAAACAAUGCAAGGUAUUGAAGAAUGUUCAAUAUGUUAUUGUAUUUUACAUACAAAUAAUGAAUUACCUAAACGAACAUGUCGAACAUGUAAAAAGAAAUUUCAUGAUGCUUGUUUGUUUCGUUGGUUUCGUUCAUCAAAUAAAUCUACAUGCCCACAUUGUCGAGCAAACUUUUAA